CUCUCUCAAGCGCGCCUACUCGGCAUCCACACAUGCACGUGUACGGGAAGGCGGUACGCUAUGCGUGCCCAUCGACUUGGAUACCCGCCGCGUCUACACAGCAGCCACAAUCAAAGGCGUCUUCGCGGAGCAGACAAACUUCUCCCGCCCCAACCCCGGUGGAGAUGUGGCGAAGCUUCGACAGCUAAAGGAUGGCUGCAAUGCCCUGUGCAGUUGCUCUAGCGAACCAGCAGCAGGUGCGUGAUUGGCGACGACAUACAGUGUCGCCCAUAUAAGCGCGUCCAACCGCUGCAGGCGCGGCAGCGGUGCGUACACUGGUACGUGGGGCUGUGACUGGCAAGCGCUACGCCAACGAGUCAACGAAGAAUUUUCCUCGCUCCAGACAUCGUCAGCUACUACGAUCCGGGAUCAUCCGGCUUCACGCAAGAAGAGGUGGUCCACGCGGAGUGGGUCAUGCGGCUGCGCAUACUAAAGGGCACCUUGUGGAGCUGCCUCGUGUACGGCAUUGUACGCUCUUUGCUGUUCAUGUAUUGACGCGGUAGGGGCGCAACACCGGCACACGACAGCAAUGAGUCGUCCUACGAGCACCUGGAGGAGUCACGAGGGCAGCAUAUGCUCUCUCACAUGCAACCGCAACCACUGCUGAUUUUUACAGAAGGCAAGCACCUCGAUACCUGACGGAGCGGUAUGAGCGUGCUCAAGAUCGAGAGCUUAAUACGGUAG